AGAUAUAAAUAAUCUUCGUCAACUUCAGCAGGACAUCAUUCACAUUUCAAAGAGCUAUCAGCUAACAGCAACAUCCUCUGCAGAAAAAAUGGAAAGUCAACGCAAUAAUCUUCGUCGUGGUGCUCGUCCAAGUGUGGGCUACUUGCUCUUUCAAUAUCAAAGGGAGCUCACUCGUCGCCAUGCGGAGCCCAGCCGCCUCUCACGCACCAAAAUCCAUAUUAUCGACGGACUGGUGUCUCGCACCAUACGCCAUUUGAGACAGUGCAGCGUGGAGGAUCUGCAAGCCUGCAAGCGGGAAUUGGUAUACAAGGAGGAAUUGCGUGAUCAAUUGAAAGGAAUGCGUCGCCGCAGGAGCUCGAGCGCCAGUCCAUUAGCCAAGGAAGCUAGCUCAAAGUCUGGCUCAGCCACCUCCUCUAUUUCGCCAACAGUGGCACUCAAGGCUCCAGGAACUCCACCAAAGCCCAGAUCCCAGAGCAGCAUCACCAAGGUGUCCAUUUUUGGCCCCGAAAUAUUUGUUUAGCUUUUUUUUUUUCUAAUUUGCAACUUUUUUUUCUUAGU